CGAGGGUGGCAAUUUCAUAAGGAAAAUUUAAUGUGAGUUUGGGAAUUUAUUCAAAGAUUGAAACUUUUGUGAAAUAAGGCGAAAAGAGCUAGACAAAAAAUAACGUUCUCUUUUUAUUUCUCGUAAUGUUAUGAAAGAAUCGCGACACAUGGCACGCGGUUGUCGGCCGGUGCAUACGCUAGGUGAAAGGUGGGAGGAGGAGGACGCGGACGGCUAGAGAAAGUAGGAGGGUACGCGUGGUUUAAGCCCCCUUUAAUAGGGUGGGCGUCCGCCGAAGCGUUCGCACGUACGCCCCUGUCGUACGACGCCCCGGCCAGCUGCCGGGAAAUUGGACUGGCCGGCAAUGACGGCCGAGCAGUCGCGCGUACCGACGUCGACCAAUCGCCGAGCCCGUGCCAUCGUGGCGACGGAAACGGCGACGUUGCCGUCUCCUGCACCGCCCAUUCGCCGCGCACCGCGCUCCGCGUCCGUGAAGCGUGAAUGCGUGCGCUUACUCUGCGCUCUUCAUUCUCUGAUGGAUAUUCGUUGGUGUUCGUUCCAUUUCCACGAUAGACGAUUAAACGGAACGUGCGCGUGGUAGGCGUAUAUCAGGCGUGUGCACGUGCCAGUGUAUCCAUUUAACGGACCGCGUGAGACUUCUCUCUCUCCGCCCGCUUCGUUUCGCCCCUCGGUACAGCGUGGUACAGCGUGUCAUCUUCCGCGCGUCUCGUGGUUGGAGGACGCAAAUUUUCUUUCGAGACAACAAACUGUACUCGUUAGAGCUCGCUGAUCGUGCGACUCCUACGCAAGCCACCCAACGCGAUACAUGAUUAUACGAAUUCGCAAUCGCAGAUCGAACGACGUGAAGUGAGCUAUCGGUAGCGUCGCUCGACGGCUAGCGACGCGCGUCGCGUGGCACGUGCGGAUGUGUGCGUGCGCGCGCGCGGCUCACAGGAGUUACGCGGUAUGCAGGAGCAAGGACGAGGAGAAACGAGAUAGCCGCGUCGGUGGUGUGCUCCCGUGAACAAUGCCGUUGCGAUUGCUCGUGCUGUUCCUGCAAACGAAGAACGAAGAACGCGGGUGGACCGAGACGGAAACUCGCGUCUGUUUGCUUCGAGUCAGCCCUUUGUAAGUGAACGGCGUCGCGUCCCGAGGCCGAGAAGGCGACGCAUGUUUUCGCAUAUUGGUGUGAUCAACGGAACGUAUCGGGCUAGCGACACGGACGUAACUGACGCCGCGUCAGUGGUGCAUAAUAGGGGUGAUGUCUGUGUGACCGCUGCUGGGCACCUGUCCUCGAUCUGGCGUUUUCGCGCGUUGGCGGUACACGGUGUGCCCAGUGAACGCCUGGGACAAUUUGUGUCUUCAAGAAGCAGCUUCAAGAAGAUUAUCAAUGUUGUUAUACUUGUUACAUUAUGGAUUCCUAGCACACAUGGUAUAAAAUAACAUUAGAGGUAUUGUUAUAAAUUGUGUUUAGUGCAAAACAGAAUCAUUCAUCAUGAAACGAAGUAUAGAUGGAAGGAAUCUUUCACAAGAGGAAAUUGAAGAGCACGAUCCUUUGCAAUCUCAGCAGCAGCAGCAGGAUGAGGCGGAUCAGCAACAAUUAGAGCAACAGCAGCAAACUGCCCAGCCACAGAUUCGUUUUUUAAGCGCCAAUGUGUUGCAGCAGUUGCAGCAGCAGCAAGAUGUUCAGCAAGCUCAGCAGCAGCAACAGCCACAAGUUAUUACCCUUCAAAACUUUGUGCCUUUACAAGCUCAACAGCCGCAACAUGAUCAACAGAGAGCGCAAACAAUUUCUGUCCAAUCGCUACCUCAUCAAUUCUUGCAAGGUGCUCAGAUUAUCAGCAGUGCUCAAGCACAGGCUCUUCAACAACAACAGCAACAGCAGCAACAGAGCCAGCAGCAAUCGCAGCAGCAGCAGCAAGUCCAACAGCAACAAACACAGCAACAGCAGCAGCAACAACUCAGUUACAGUGUAAUUCCACAAAUGCAGACUGUUAAUAUAGACGGUCAGGAAGCUUUAUUCAUUCCAUCCUCCGCAAUGUCAGCUGCGGGCGGUCAUCAUCAAGCACAGCCAACAAUGCAAUUUGCUACUGCAAAUGGUCAACAAAUGCAACUUGCCGGACAGCAGGUUCAAUUAGCAAAUGGCCAAACCAUUAUUACACCACAACCAGUUAGUCUCAUAAGAGCACCGAAUGUCUUUCCCACUUCAAUUAUACAAAAUAUUACGGGACAAACGGUUCAAUUGCCAACAGGUCAAAGUGUACAAGUAAGACCACUGCAAUUUCCUAUGCAGCAUGUUCAACAAGCGAUGCCUGUACAAGUACCAGUCACUGUCAAUAAUGGACAAACCGUUUAUCAGACUAUACAUGUUCCUGUACAAUCCUUGCCCGCCAGUGUUUUCAAUAUGUCUACGACGCAAAUGAUACCCCAAAUUAUGCAACAAUUACCUCCGGUGGCACAGAUAAUCACGCCGAGCGGUCAGAUCCAGCAGGUGCAAAUUGCUAGUUUACCACAGUUACAAAAUCUUCAGAGUCAACAAGUUACACAAGUUGCACAUCAACAGGCACAACAACAAGUCGUCCAACAACAAACUCAACAACAAGUGGUACAGUCGGUGCAACAGCAACAACAAGUUGCCCAAGCUCAAGUACAACAACAGCAACAAGUGCAACAGGUGGUACAACAAGUGAUACAACAGCAACCACCAUCAUCUCAACAACAGCAGCAGCAGUCGCAACAGCAACAACAACAAAUGCAACAAUCCUCCACUCCAUCAUCGACAGUAGCGACUUGGAGCACAACAGUUGCAUCUCCCAGCAAUGUUCAAGUGCUGGGUAUAGGAACAUUAGGAAGAAACAUAACGGGAAAUAAUGUUAUUACCACAAAAGAUGGCCAAAAAAUCGAUGUGCAAACGUUAUCUACCUUGACAAGGCCGCCUGAAACAGUAGAAGGCGACAUUAAAGUAACUAAUAUUGACGCCAGUCAAUUAACUAGUGGACAAGUAAUACAUAUUCCUGCUACACAAUCGACCCAACCUACAGUGCAACCUAUUACGAUUACAGGAGCACAAGGGCAACAGUUAACACUUAUACCUGCGUCUGCAUUAGCUAAUUUAACCGCGCAACAAGGUAACAUGAUGAGAAAUGUGAGCAAUGGAAGUAUAAUGCAAAUUCAGCCAGCCACCGGGAUGAACACGGCCAAUGGUUUCUUACAAUCGAUACCCGUGCAAAAUAUCCCAGGCUUAGGAAAUGUGCAAGUAAUACCGGCAAGCGCAUUGCAACCAGCUACGGUUCAAACGUUACCUGCUGCCGCGGCCGCACCUAUCGUCGCAACUACGCCAACUGUGCAACUCGACUCGACUGAUCCUACUAAAUGGCAGAUUGUCCAAACCCUUCAAUCGCACGGGACUUUGACAACGUCCGCUGCACCCGUCUCUCAUCAACAGCAAAUAACAAACACGACCAACACCGUCUCCAAUAAUGACACUAACGAUCCUGCUAAGCAACAUCGUAGAAGAGUCGCGUGUACAUGUCCCAACUGCGGUGACGGAGACAGAAAUAGAGAUAUAACCAGGAAGCGACAACACGUAUGCCAUAUUGCUGGAUGUAACAAAGUAUAUGGGAAAACAAGCCAUUUACGCGCACAUUUACGCUGGCAUACCGGUGAGCGACCUUUCAUCUGUACUUGGAUAUUCUGCGGUAAAAAGUUUACUAGAUCCGACGAACUUCAAAGGCAUCGUAGAACUCAUACCGGAGAAAAGCGUUUCCAAUGUCCAGAGUGUACAAAAAAAUUCAUGCGAUCGGAUCAUCUAACGAAACACAUCAAAACACAUACGAAAAUACGAAGCACGGAAGCAGCCACCUCGACGCAGGAAGGUUCCUCUGACAGUCAAUCUUCCACUGAACAAAAGAUCAUUAUAGCUUUGCACAAGGAUACGGAGCAGUCUGAAAUUGUCAUAUCAGAGCCGAUCGACUCCAUGAAAAGUGACUCGUCGAAUCAUAUAGCAAAUGAAUAAAAGUUCUAUGAAGUAAAAUCGGAUAGCAAUCACCCAAUCAAUAUCAAUAUUACAAUAGAAGUUUUAUGAUGCGUCAUUAUUCAGUAUUGAAUAAUUUUUGAAAAAGAACAAAAAAUCACUUGAUGAGACGAAAUUUAAAUUAUAAGCGAUAUUCUAGAAUGUAAAAAUUAGAAAAAAGUUAAUAUCGUUGUGUGUAUAAUAUAGCAUAUAAGUGCAUUACAUAAUAUGUAUGUAUGUAUGUAUGGUGUGUGUUUUAUAUAAAUAAUUGAAAUUAUACUGGA